AUGCUUCGGAGCUGCGUUAUUGAUUUUGAAGGAAGUUGGGAAAAGUACUUUUUGUUGGUGGAAUUCGCAUAUAAUAACAGUUACCAAGCAAGCAUAAAGAUGGUACCUUAUGAAGCAUUAUAUGGGAGGAAGUGCAGGACCCUAUUAUGCUGGACAGAACUGGGUGAAGAUAAGAUUGUGGGCCCAAAUUUAGUGAGACAGACUGAGGAGAAAGUAAAGCUCAUCAGAGAUAAUUUGAAAGUCGCUGCAGAUAGGCAGAAGUCAUACGCAGACUUGAAAAGGAAAGACAUAGAGUAUAAAGUGGCUGACAAAGUGUUCCUAAAAGUAUUACUAUGGAAGAAGGUGUUAAGAUCAGAUCCUUCACAUGUCAUAUCAGUAGAGAAGAUAGAUGUGCAGCCUGAUGUGACGUAUGAAGAGGAACCAUUAAGGAUCUUGGCACGAGAAGUCAAAGAACUCAGGAACAAGAGAAUUCCAUUAGUGAAAGUAUUGUGGAAGCAUCACAACACUGAAGAGAUUACACUGGCUUUUAUGCUUGCUCGCAGGCUUUAUGCCUGA